AUGAGAAAUCAACUUAUUGUUGAUACAAUGAAUCGAUGGCAUUUUAUUAUUUUGAUUAUUAUCACUAUCUUAAUUAGUUUAGCUGUUGCCGGAGUUUCUAUUUAUUAUCAUCAGGUUGUUUUAACUACUGAAAUUACUCCACUCGUUGUUGAUGUAUCUUCAUACUCAAAUGGGACAUAUGCAUUAAUGCAAAGUCUUGACGUUCAAAAAUAUGAUAAAUGGCUUGAGGUGUAUUUAAAGUUAGAACCAAAAACUGAAAUUAAUGAAGAAAUUUCUUUUUAUGCUGAAACCCAACUACAUAUCGUAAAAAAUUUUCAUGACACUGUUAAUUCUUUCAAUAGAACAUAUACAACACGAUGUUUUAUAGACAAGUGUGAUGAUAUUAUUUUUGUUAGUGACGAUGCAGUACAAGAGGCAAAAUAUAUUAUUUUAGUUGCAAUUAAAGAUAUAGAAAAUAAAUUCAAUUCAACUGGACUAACAAUUUCGUUAAUGGUCUCUAAAGCAUUUAAAUCACAUACAAUAUUUAGUCUUUCAUUAACUAUAACAUUGGUUUGUAUUUCAACCAUAACAUUUAUUAUUCUUUUUGUUAUUGCAAUUAAAAAGAAAGAAUUUAAUAUUUAUGUAAGUUUUAAUCUUUUAUUAUCAUUUGGAAUGAUUUUAUUUAAUGAUCCUUUUGUAGCUUUAGGAUUUUAUGCUAAUUAUAUUUCUAUUGAAUAUGUAGAUAAUGUAUUAAUGGAAUUAUAUAUGUUUAUUCUUUUUGUAUGGAUAUUUUUCCAUGUAGAUCAUUUAAAAUUACUUGCUAUUGAAGAACCCUAUCCAAUUUUACAAUGGGUAUUACGUUCAUGUGUUUUAAUAGCUUAUUUCUUUUGUUUUAUUCUUUAUUUCUUUAUGAAUAUUUUACAUCAUUCAUCUUCAAUUGCUGGAAGUCCAAAUCCAAUAAUGGAUGAUAUAAAAGCAAUUAGAGAUCUUUUACAAGUAGUUCUUGUUUUUUGGAUAUUAAUGUCUGAGUUCUUUUCAUUUACACAAGUGAUGAAUCCGAUAAAUAGAAAAAGAUUAUUUUUCUUAACACCAUUUACAUUAUUAGUAGCUAUUGCGUGUGUAAUACAAUUAUUCUUUCAAAAUGACUCGCAUAAUAAUCUUCCAAUUCCUGUUUGUAUGAUGAAAUUAAUGAAUACAUAUUUUGUGAUUGUAAUGUGUUUCUGUUUCUAUCAAAUAAAAAAUGAUUUAGCAACUAUUUCAUUGUUACAUACAACAAAAAUAAAUCAAACAAUUUUGUAUGAUGAAUAUGAUAUGUUUGAUUCUGAAGAUGACAAACCUAUUUUAUAA